AUGCUUAUUUACAAGGAUAUUAUCUCUGGUGACGAAUUGUUGUCUGACGCUUACGACCUACAAUUGGUCGACGGUGUUAUCUAUGAAGCCAACUGUGACAUGGUCAAGGUUGGUGGCGACAACGUCGACAUUGGUGCCAACCCUUCCGCUGAGGCCGGUGACGACGAUGUCGAGGACGGUUCCGAAGUGGUCAAUAACGUUGUGCACUCUUUCCGUCUACAACAGACCGCCUUCGACAAGAAGUCGUUCUUGACCUACAUCAAGGGCUACAUGAAGGAGAUCAAGAACAAGCUGCAAGAAACCAACCCAGACCAGGUGACCGUUUUCGAAAAGGGUGCCCAGGCCUACGUCAAGAAGGUUAUUGGCUCUUUCAAGGACUGGGAGUUCUUCACCGGUGAGUCCAUGAACCCAGACGGUAUGUUGGUGCUUCUAAACUACCGUGAGGACGGUACCACUCCUUUCGUGGCCAUCUGGAAGCACGGUGUUCUAGAGGAAAAGAUCUAA